AGGCUAGGCGGAGCGGAGCCAGAAGGCCGGGAGCGGUGUGGAGGUCGUUGGAGUCACUUGCUUGCUGCCAGCUCCUUCACUUGCUGGUCUGCCCCCUACCUGCCCCAGCCAUGCUCUCCGCCCUCGCCCGCCCUGCCGGCGCCGCUUUCCGCCGCAGCUUCAGCACCUCGGCCCAGAACAAUGCAAAAGUAGCUGUGCUCGGGGCUUCCGGAGGAAUCGGGCAGCCCCUUUCGCUUCUCCUGAAGAACAGCCCUUUGGUGAGCCGCCUGACCCUCUACGAUAUUGCUCACACACCCGGAGUGGCUGCAGAUCUGAGCCACAUUGAGACCCGAGCGACUGUGAAAGGCUACCUCGGACCUGAGCAGCUGCCAGACUGCCUGAAAGGUUGUGAUUUGGUAGUUAUUCCAGCCGGAGUCCCAAGAAAACCAGGUAUGACACGGGAUGACCUGUUCAACACCAAUGCCACAAUCGUGGCCACCCUGACUGCUGCCUGUGCCCAGCACUGCCCGGAGGCCAUGAUCUGUGUCAUCUCAAAUCCGGUUAACUCCACCAUCCCCAUCACAAGUGAAGUUUUCAAGAAACAUGGAGUGUACAAUCCCAAUAAGAUCUUUGGGGUCACAACCCUGGAUGUUGUCAGAGCCAACACUUUCGUCGCAGAACUGAAGAGUUUGGAUCCAGCUCGAGUCAACGUCCCUGUCAUUGGAGGCCACGCUGGGAAGACCAUCAUCCCUCUGAUCUCCCAGUGCACUCCGAAGGUGGACUUCCCCCAGGACCAGCUGACAGCCCUCACCGGGCGCAUCCAGGAGGCCGGCACCGAGGUGGUGAAGGCUAAGGCUGGAGCAGGCUCUGCCACCCUGUCCAUGGCAUACGCUGGAGCCCGGUUUGUCUUUUCCCUUGUGGAUGCAAUUAACGGAAAGGAAGGAGUUGUCGAAUGUUCCUUUGUCAAAUCCCAAGAAACAGACUGUCCCUAUUUCUCCACACCGUUGCUGCUGGGGAAAAAGGGCAUCGAGAAGAAUCUAGGCAUUGGCAAAGUCUCCUCUUUUGAAGAGAAGAUGAUAGCUGAGGCCAUUCCUGAGCUGAAAGCCUCUAUCAAGAAAGGAGAAGAGUUUGUGAAGAACAUGAAAUGAGAGCAGUUAGUGAGCAGUCCGUUUCCUUAACUUAUUACAGCAUCACGUCACUGUAAAGGAAUUUCCGAUCUUUGUAUUUCAAUUUGCUUUGAUGAGUAUUGUAUUAACUUUACCAUCCCUUCCAAAUCAUGGGUCUACUUAUGCAUCAAUAAAAGUGGGUUUUGAUUUUC